AUGGCUGGACAAGGACCCACAACGGUUGGAGAGUGGUCAGCCAUAGUAGAAGAUACGUGUGAAAUGGAAAAGAUGACCUUUCCUCUAAGACUCUUUUCUGCAGCCAAAGACGCCGAGGGCAUCUGGAUGAUGAGGCGUGCUCAGAACACGACGGUCGACGCCAAGAAGCUGGAGAAAGCCGAGGCGAAGCUGAAAGCCAAACACGAGCGCAGGAGCGAGAAGGACUCGCAGAAGGCCUCCAGCCCACUAGUCCUGGAGGAGGCGUCGGCCAGUCAGGCCAGCAGUAAGAAGGACAGCCGAGUCGACCAAUCGGGGAAGAACCGCAGCUACGACAUCCGCAUCGAGAACUUUGACGUGUCCUUCGGAGAGAGAUGUCUGCUGCAGGGGGCGGAGCUGAGUCUGGCGUCGGGCCGGCGGUACGGCCUGAUCGGCCGCAACGGCCUGGGGAAAACGACGCUGCUGAAAAUGCUGGCGAGUCGCAGCCUCCGUGUCCCGGCUCACAUUUCCAUCCUGCACGUGGAGCAGGAAGUGGCGGGGGACGAAACGUCGGCGCUGCAGAGCGUCCUGGAGAGCGACACGGUGCGGGAGGACCUGCUGGGCGAGGAGAGGAGGCUGAAUGCUCGCAUCGCCAACGGAACUGCCGACGGGAUGGAGAGCGUGCGGCUGUCCGAGAUCUACGGAAAGCUGGAGGAGAUCGAAGCUGACAAGGCGCCGGCCCGGUAACUAUGACAACCGCACCGACACGCUGCUG